AUGCAGAAGUGGUUUUCAGUAGGCGGCGGCGAUAAUGAAAAUUCGCAAUUGCAAACGACGUCGCAACCACCAUCUUCUCUGCUGGCCGAUUGGAAUUCAUACGCAGCUACCAAAUCAUCAGAAGAAAGUAGCAGCAGCUCCUUUGCCGCAGUUUUCGAUCUAGAAUCUGCGGUCAGGUCCGCCAACGACACCGUCUCCGGCACAUUCGACGUGGUUUCGAAAGGAGUGAGAGAUUUACCAGGAAAUUUUCAGUCUGCCACUAGUCAUAUCCCAUCAGGAAAAGCGCUCAUGUACUUUGGCUUAUUCCUGGCAAGUGGAGUCUUCUUUCUGUUUAUUGCGUUUACUUUAUUUCUUCCGGUCAUCGUAGUGGUGCCUCAGAAAUUUGCCAUCUGCUUUACUGUUGGAUGCUCCUUCAUUAUUGGGUCAUUCUUUGCCCUUAGAGGUCCAACGAAUCAGUUUGCCCAUAUGUCAUCGAAGGAGAGACUCCCCUUUACAUUGGCAUUCAUAGGCAGCAUGAUGGGAACCAUUUACGUUGCUAUGGUGCUCCAUAGCUAUAUUCUAACUGUGCUCUUUUCAGUGCUUCAGGUGCUGGCACUGGUAUACUACGCUAUUUCCUACUUUCCUGGAGGAUCUGCUGGAUUGAAGUUUAUUUUGUCCUCUUUGACUUCUUCAUUGUUGAGAUGCUUUGGCAGGUGA